AUGAGUUCUAAUGGAGUCCUUGUCACCUGGCGGACCUGGACACUUGAGCAAAAGACAUGUAGGCGUUCUACUUCCGUCAAAUUUAUGCAAGCCUCUUAUCAACUCCGGCGCUUGCGCCAAGCCGCUUGGCUACGACGUUGGGUUUGCGAGCUUCGCCGCCUGAAUUGGAGGCGUCACUUUGAUGAUGCCCGGCUAGCCAACGCUUGGAAGCAAUGGAUGACAUGGAUUAUGGAGAAACGCAAAAAACGCCAACUACUUGACUUAGCAAAUCGGUCUUAUCAGAGCCUUGCCCUUGUUCCUUGGGCUCCGUCUCAUCUGCCCGGUUCAGUGAUUUCGCUCAAUCCGUGCCACUCAAGGUGUUCUGUUCCAACCCUUCCUCAAUCCUUUGAUAUCAUUUAUCCUCCAUCCUCACUCUUCGGCAUGUGCACCUGGUAA